AUGCAGCUUCCUCAGGGUCUUCCGACUGUCGGCGGCGGCACUGAGUCUUUCUGGCACACCAACCUCCACGAACUCGAUGACUAUCGUUCUACGGAUCAAGUUCCAGAACAAUCAGACAUAGUGAUUAUUGGGGCUGGUUAUGCAGGUGUCGCGACGGCAUAUCAUCUUCUCGAGGCCGGCAGCAAAGCUUCAAUCACGCUUCUAGAGGCACGAGGCGCGUGCAGCGGAGCCACAGGUCGUAAUGGAGGCCAUCUGCGUCCUGAUCUCUACGGUCACAUCCCCACACACAUCGACCGUCAUGGACUUGAAAGGGGUGCUGAGAUUGCAGAAUUCGAGGUUGCUCAUGUCACAGCCAUCAAGAAUGUCGUCGCCAAGGAAAAUAUCGACUGUGACUUUGUCAUAACAAGGACGACCGAUGUUUGGUGCAACGACGAUGCUGCCAAAAAGGCCAAAGCCAAUUACGACAGAAUGGUAGCCCAUGGUCUGAAGUAUAUGGAUGAUGUUGAUUUCUACAUCGGAAAAGAUGCCGAGGGCAUCAGCGGUAUCAAGCACGCAAAGGCAUGCGCAACCUAUACUGCUGGUACUAUCUGGCCAUAUAAGUUCAUCAUGGCACUUCUUGGAAUCUUGCGGGAUCGUGGCGUCAACAUCCAGACGUACACUCCAGUAAACUCGGUCACCUCCUCAUCCGAUGGUCAAUGGACCGUCUCCACAUCACGCGGCGACAUCAAGACUCAGAAAAUCGUCCACGCCGCCAACGCCUACACCAAGACCUUGUUGCCUGAAUACGAAAAGAGCAUCGUUCCAUGCAAAGGCAUCUGCUGCCACAUUGCCGUACCAAAGGAAGACAUUGCUCCGUUCGUCGGUAACUCGUACAUCAUCCGCGAAAAGGGCGACCCCAGCGUCCUCAGCUACUUGAUCCCUCGCUCCGACGGCGGCAUCAUUGUCGGUGGCUCCCAGGCAAUCUUCAAGCCUUUCCAAGAGCAAUGGUACAACAAUACCGACGAUGCCGAGAUGAUCGAAGCAUCCAAGGACUACUACACCAACUACAUGCAAAACAACUUCCGCGGUUGGGAACACACCAAAGCCGAAGUCAAGAAGAUCUGGACGGGUGUGAUGGGAUACAGCUACGAUACCAACCCUCAUAUUGGUGAAGUGCCUGGGAAGCCUGGUCAGUAUAUUCUGGCUGGGUUCAAUGGCCAUGGUAUGCCAGUUAUCUGGCUCUCAGCAAAGGGCAUAUCCGAUAUGUUGCAUGAGGGAAAGAAGUAUGAAGACACAAGAGUGCCCAAGGCCUUCAAGACAACGCAAGAGAGAAUUGACAAAGCAAAGGCUGGUCCUGAAGGUGGAGACAUUCUCGCAUGA